AUGGAGGAACCAGCUGCUCCCUCGGCCGCUACGCUCAACAUAAACCUGGGCAUCCUGGGACAUGUAGAUAGCGGCAAAACCAGUCUCGCCAAGGCGCUGUCCACGUUGGCGUCUACUGCGGCGUUCGACAAAAACCCGCAGAGCAAACAGCGCGGCAUCACGCUCGACCUUGGCUUCUCGGCCUUCACCACCGACCCAUCACCGCGCCUACGCGACGCCGGCUAUGACCAGGUGCAGUACACGCUGGUCGAUUGCCCGGGCCACGCCUCGCUCAUCCGCACCAUCAUCGGAGGCGCACAGAUCAUGGACCUCGCACUGCUGGUCAUCGACGCCGUCAAGGGCAUCCAGACACAAACCGCCGAGUGCCUGGUCAUUGCCGAGAUGACGACCGACCGGCUAUUGAUGGUGCUUAACAAAACAGACAUGCUGCCGGCCGACAACAGGGCCGCGCACGUGAAGAAGGCCGAGGAGCGGGUGCGGCGCGGCCUCAAGGGCACCAAGUUCGCCGAGGCGCCCAUGGUCGCCGUCGCCGCCUGUCCCGGAGCCGAAGAGGGCGCACCUCCUCUCGGCAUUACUCAGCUCAUUGAUACUCUGCGGGAGAUGACGGAGCUGCCGCGCCGGUCGGCCGACGGUCCGUUCCUGCUGUCGGUGGACCACUGCUUUCCGGUCAAGGGCCAGGGCACCGUGCUCACCGGCACCGUGCUCUCCGGCUCCGUCAAGGUGAACGACACCAUCGAGCUGCCCGAACUCAAAGUGCAGAAGAAGGUCAAAUCGCUCCAGGUGUUUCACAAACCGGUGCCGAGUGCCAAGCAAGGGGACCGGGUGGGCAUGUGCGUGACCCAGCUGGACUCGAAGCUGCUGGAGCGCGGGCUGGCGGCCACCCCCGGCUCGGUGGUCACCAUGACCAGCGCCAUCGCCGCUCUCCGGCGGAUCAAGUACUUCAAGCAGCCCAUACUCAACCGCACCAAGUUUCAUGUGACGGUGGGGCACACGACCGUGAUGGCGACUCCACUCUUCUUCUCUCUUCCCACUGGCGCCCCGCAGGAGUCUGCCCAGCUGCCGACCACGUUCGACUUCUCGCACGAGUACCUGCGACAGGACGAGAUGCUGGCCUCCACAAGGGAACACCGGGUCGGGCAGCAGUGGGCUCUGCUCCGCUUCGAGAAGCCCAUCACCUGCCCGCCCAACAGCCUCCUGAUCGGGUCGCGACUCGACACCGACAUCCACAGCAGUGCGUGCCGCAUUGCGUUCUACGGUCGCCUGCUCGGCGCCGCCGACAGUCCCGACCAAGGCCUCAAGCUCUACAAGCACAAGCAGCGAGAAGGGGUGAUCGAUCGGGUGCAGGAUGAGUAUACGGUGAUCGGCCGGGGCUUCUUCAAGAAGGAGACGGACCUCACCAUCUUCCUGGGUCUCAAGGUGGAGGCCUCCACGGGCGAGGUGGGGGUGCUGGAGUCGCCCUUCGGCAAGACGGGCAAGUUCAAGGUGCACUUCCCCCAGGGCGUGCCCAAGGACCCCAAGGCCAAGCUCCACCUCAAGUACCGCACCUUCUUCCUCGCCAGCGACAAGCGGAAGAUCGCCCAGUAG